UGACCUCACGGGCGUGGCUCUCAGUGGAAGUCUCCCCUGCAGCAUCAGUCGUCUUACUGCUCUCGAAUACCUGUACAUUGGGAUGCCUCAGUUCCAUGUCUCUACUGAUCCAUUCCUUAGCCAUGACCCAACAGACAUUCUCUCGGCUCAGUCAUCCAUGAGACCCCCUGUGAUGCAAGGCUCCAUGGACGACCUCUCGUGUCUCGCUCCACUCACUCGCCUACAGGACCUGUACGCUUCGCUUCAUCCCAACCCACCUUCGCCUUCCCUCUCACUCAUCCCUGCCUUCGUUCCCUUCUUUCUCGACCAAGCGGCUUCCUGA